AUGGCUCAAGUGAUGAAAUUUAAUCAGGAACCCUUAGCACUGAGGCCCAAUACAUCAGGGGUGGUGUUUACACCUAAACAAAUCUUGAAAACCACUGGCCCUAAUGUGAGACCUUCAACAGCUGGAAGAACAAAGGAACAUGGACGUAAAACACCAAUUACUAGAGCUUCUUUGCCAUCCUCACUAAGUACCUACACUGCCAAUGCUAGUCUAAGCAUCAUUGAACUGGAACAAAUGUUAAGAGAUAAAAUACAGUCCAACUAUUAUGACCUUAAACAGGCAUUCCAGAAUUAUGACAUAGAUCAAAGCCUGACCAUCACCAAGGGUGAACUACGCAGAGUUCUAGAAAUGUUUGUAAUGCCAUUCACAGCAGACCAGUUUGAAGCAGUUAUGGCUAAAGUUCCAACCAAUCCCAAUGGAACUGUCAGUUACUGCAUGUUUCUUGACCGAUACGGACAAGGGUCAUCUGGUUCUAAGGAGACUAAAUGGAUGAGUUCUGGACACAGAUACCAAUAUACUAGAUCACCACAAGAGAUGGGAGUUGAUCACAUCGAACGUCUGUUAAAAGAACGCAUCGGUACUAAUCUCAAGAACGUCAUCAAAGCGUUUCGUCUGUUUGAUUAUAACCGAGAUGGUCGUAUACAACGCCAUGAGAUGAGAAAAGUCAUUGAAAAUUACUGCUUUCGUUUGUCGGAUAAUCAGUUUGAACGGCUUUGGGGUCGAUAUGACUUCAACCACACUGGUAUCGUCAAUUACAAUGACUUUCUAAGAAGACUUGGCAUUAAUGUUCAAAAAAAUGAGAAAUCUCAACCAGACACAACUAAACUAGCGAUGACCUGGCGGCAAGUAUAUGAAGAUAAAAACAAACAAGUUGAGAAGGCAGCUACCAUGAACAGAACGGAUGAUGUUGUCAAAGGCAUGACCUUUUCACAAAUUGAACAUGAACUUAGAAAAAGGUUAAAAGACAACUAUGUGAAUCUAAAGAAAGCAUUUAUGGCGUUUGACUACAAAAGAGAUGGUUAUAUUUCAAUUGAUGAUUUGAAGACUAUUUUAAUUAAUUUUACUCUGCCGAUGUCAGAUCAGUUGUUUUCACAGCUUAUGGACAGAUUUGGUUUCAAAGCAUCUCACAAAAUACCAUGGGAACACUUUCUGGAAAAGUUUCAAGAUCCCAGAAUUGAAGGCAAUGGACAAACCAUUCCAAUUAAAUGGAAUCACAAAGUGAAUCCAAUUCGUGAAAGUGACAAAAAGAUCCAACCAAAUGAAAUUCUGAAACUUCUUCACAGGCAUGUGAUCAAUAUGUAUCCAUCGCUGAAACAAGCAUUUUUAUCGUUUGACGAUAAUCGUGAUGGCAGAAUUACCAAAAGUGAGCUACGUAAAAUAAUAGAAACAUUCACGAUACGACUGACUGAUUCUCAAUUCAAAGAACUCUUACUUCUAUUAGAUCCGUAUCAUGAUAAUUUUAUUGAUUAUCAUCAAUUCUUGGAUUUGUUUGAAGUUAGGGAGACAGAUGAAGGCCAUAAGUGGCUGAUUUCUGAGCACCGCUACAAUGACCAGGCCAAACCAGCCAUCUUAGCAUGGGAAACAGUGGAAGAGAUACUAAGGAAGAAAAUAGCGGAAUACUGGAAAUCUGUCAGUGCUGCAUUUGUUGUUGUUGAUCCAGAAAAGACAGGACGAAUAAGUAAACGCCACCUUAAAAGGAUCUUGGAAAAUCAUGUGUUACCAGUUUCAGAUGACCAUUUUGAAAAAAUGUGUAGUUUAUGUGAUGAAAGUGAAGAUGGUAAAAUUAUGUUUGCAGAGUUCUUAGAUCGUCUUGGCGUUGAUAUUUCACCAGGUGAUCUGUACGGAACGAGUACACAGAUACAUGUCAAUAGUGAACUAGCGGAAGUCACUCGCAGAGCUGAUAUUGACAAUAGAUUACACAACGUACGUAAGAAUGCAUUAGAAAGGACAACUCAGAUGAAAGCAGACGAAGUGAUUGUGAGAUUGAAAGACCGAAUGUCACAACAUGACUCUGCAAUAAGAGAUACAUUUCUGAAAUACUGUUCUAAUGGUAAAACAACAUUGACUAAAAAAGAAUUCAGAAAGGUCUUGGAAAGUUUUGGAAUGUACAUGGUGGAUGAACAUUUCAAUGACCUUGUCCUUCGGCUGGGAUUUAACAAAGGUCAGCUCAGCUAUUCUGAUUUUGUCCUAAAUUUUGAAGAUCCUCGCCGAGCGGGACCUGGUGAAGAGAUUCAACGGACUCCAAAUCAUCGGUACAAUAAACUUGAUAUGCAACUGAUGAGUGCGUUGGAAGUAGAGGCACAGUUACGAGACAAACUACGAGAGGGGUUUUCAGAUCUACGCCAGGCAUUUUACAAACUUGAUGACGAUCAUAAUGGCCUUGUGAGAAGGGAAGAUUUUCGUCAUCUCCUUGACUCAUUCAUGUUCCACAUGACAGAUGAAGAAUUUAAUAAAUUGAUGGGUAGUUUAGGAAUCGGUAAACGAACCAAACUCAGCUAUAAAGACUUCUUGGCAAAGUUUCAGCUGACUGACAAUGCAGAGGGGCAUCCAUGGUUGAAUUCCACUCACAGGUACAACCAUAUAAAAGACCCUACAGAGUUGGCAGCAGACCAAGUUCAUGAGAUUCUUCUGUCCAAGGCAAAGAGGAACUAUGCAGACUUAGCAAAGGCAUUCCGUAGUAUCGAUAAACGUGGCAAUGGUGUCAUCAAGAAACGGGAAUUGAGAGAAUUACUUUAUACAUUUAUGCUUCCCAUGACAAAGAAAGAAUUUGAUAAGCUGUGGAUCAGAUAUGACCCUGAGUAUAAGAAUCACAUUGAUCAUCGUCAUUUCCUUGCUAUGAUGGGACUUGGUAUGGCAUUUGCACCUGGUGAUGAUGAAGGAACCAGUCGUCGUAUCAUUGAAGACAGUUAUCAAGCGUUAGACGCACACCAUGAGAACCAAGUACAGAAACAUCGUGCAAUAACACUGAACCAAGCCCGUUCGUCACAGUCUUUGACAUCUGAUCAGCUGAUCCAAAGGCUGAAAGACAGAUUCCGGGACCACUACUCGACAUUCCAGGAUGCUUUCCAAAAAUCUGAUAAGAUUAAAGAUGGCAAGAUAUCAAUAUCUGAACUUCAGAAAAUUCUUGUUGAUCUUAAUUACCUAGUCGAUGACGAGACCUUCUUUGAAUUCCUUGACAAGAUUGGCAUGCCAACAAAUAAGACAAGGUUGUCAUAUGAACAGUUCCUGUCUGCAUUUGACGAGGCACAAGAACCAAGGUAUAAGAAAAAGAACAAACCGGAAGUGACUGUAGAAAGUUUCUCUACAUUACAACCUGAGAAAGCAUUGAAGAAGUUGAAGCGUAUAGUUUACAGUGAUAGAGAUGUACUAAGAGCUGCAUUCAACUCAUUUGAUCGUGAUCACCAAGGUCGUCUUAGUGCAGGAGAAUUCCGCCGUAUUUUGGAUCAUUUCUGCUUCAAGCUGACAGACAAGCAGUUCAAAUUGCUGAUGACUAAGGUCAAAGUUCAUUCUGAUCUCUCCAUUGAUUGGUUGCAGUUCCUAGAUGACUUUAGUUGUGAUGAUAGAACAGUUGCACAGAAUUGGUUGGAAUCUGUUCAGAAAGUAGCCAAAGAUGCAUCACCUCGACCAAUGGGAGUUGAUGAAAUCCAGAUGAGGUUGCAAGAGAUUAUUAGCGCUCGGUUUUACCAGUUUGCAGAAAGGUUUUCUGAGAUUGAUUAUGCAAAGAUUGGAGUGAUCGCUAAAGACGACUUCAGAGAUGUAAUACAAGAUAGUGCUUUUCGGCUUACAGACUCACAGUUUGAAAAACUCUGGUCUACACUUGAUAUCAACAAAUUUGGAAACUUGGAAUAUCGUAAAUUCCUGAACAAGUUUUCUACCACAUUACCGAAUGGUUAUGAUCCACCUGGUACUGCGAUGUCCAGACCAUCAACUUCGGCAACAAUGCGCAGCGGUAGUAGAAUGAGCCGCAUGUCCGAUUUGUAUGGUCGCCGUACGACAACACCAAUGGUAAAUGCUGAGAACAUUGAGAGAAAACUAAAAGAUAAAAUCUACAAAUAUUGGCAAGACAUCCAGAAAAUGUGUCGACUGAAAGAUGACAAUGACAGCGGUGAAAUUGACAUUUAUGAUUUCAGAGAUAUUAUGGAACAGUUUCAGCUUUAUCUGCCAGCGGAUGAAUUCCAACAACUCAUGCAGAAAUAUGAUUUACAAGAAAAUGGAAAAUUUAAUUAUAAUUCCUUCCUGCGUAAUUUUGUUCUACGAUUAAAACCAAUCACAGAAGAAGAGUCAACAGAUAAUACAGAUAGAUUGUUACAGAGAAAACAGAUCCAUCCAACCAGGGUGCCGAUGAAAGUAGGUGUGGUGAGUGACAACUUAAUGGAGGCAAUGUUGAGAGUACGCGAGUGCGUUGUACAAAAUUGGAAACAGAUGAGACGUACAUUCCGAGCAAUUGACACUACUGCCAUAGGGACAGUCUCCCCAUUGGAAUUCCGUAGCGUGCUUCGUCAGUUCAAUAUCAACUUAUCAGAAGAUGAAUUUUUCCAUUUAAUGACUUACUACGAUAAGGAAAUGUCAGGCAGAGUCUCCUAUAAUGACUUUCUCAGAGCUUACUUAAAACCAUAG